AGAUUUUCCCGGGAAAGAAAAUAGUUCCCGAUUUGGAGUCCCAUUCCUCAAUCCUCACGGCUCUGCGCAAUACAUUCAUGAAUGUAAUUACAUAACAAGUUUGAAAUAAACUGCAAAAACAAAGGAAUAGAUCAAGCAGAGUUAGAAUUCUCCUACACUGCCACUGGUUUUACAUACAUAACUGGCGGCUUCAAAGCAAAAAGCUUGGACUUUUCAUUUUCUUUUUUUCUUUUAUGGAAAGCGUGGUUUGCGACUGGGCCAUUUAGGAUAUACCAGCAGAUUCAGAUUCCCAUAAAAGCUUGGAAGAUUCAACCCCAAAAGGCAAAAGUCUCUCUUCUCAAUCCACACAUAUCCAAUCCAUCCUACCCUGUUCUAACUGGAGCUGGUUGAAAUCGGAAGCAAGAGUUCAUGGCUGACCUUGAUGAUAAUGGACAGCCACAGAUUCAGGGGAGGUUUGCUGCAAUGGUAGUCUGUUGGCUUCUGGGAAAUGGGUGCCUCUUUUCAUGGAACAGUAUGCUUACAAUCGAAGAUUACUAUGUUGCCUUGUUCCCGAGAUAUCAUCCGGCGAGGGUCCUCACUCUUGUGUAUCAGCCGUUUGCGCUUUUUACACUCAUAGCAUUGUCAUAUAAUGAAGCAAAGAUCAAUACUAGGAAGCGGAAUUUAUUUGGAUAUACCUUAUUUUUCCUAAGUACUCUUUUGGUGCUAGUGUUGGAUUUAGCUACAUCCGGAAAAGGAGGUAUUGGAACUUACAUCGGAAUCUGUGCCAUUAGUGGUGCUUUUGGAGUUGCAGAUGCUCACGUGCAAGGAGGAAUGAUUGGAGACCUGUCGUUCAUGAAACCAGAAUUCAUCCAAUCUUUCCUUUGUGGCUUGGCUGCAUCAGGGGCCCUAACCUCUGGACUGAGGCUACUUACAAAGGCAAUAUUUGAGAAUUCCCAGAAUGGUCUGCGCAAGGGAGCCAUUAUGUUCUUUUCCAUCUCUACGUUCUUUGAGCUGCUAUGUGUUUUUCUGUACGCUGUUGUCUUUCCGAAGCUACCAAUUGUGAAGUUCUACCGCUCCAAGGCAGCAUCAGAAGGAUCUAAAACUGUUUCGGCUGACCUUGCUGCUGGUGGCAUCCAGACAUUACCGGAAGGAGAUGCAGAGGAUCCGACUAAGAUGCAGCGGCUGGGGAACAAACAAUUGUUAGCUCAAAACGUUGAUUACGCAAUUGAUAUGUUUCUAAUCUAUGUGCUGACCUUGUCAAUUUUCCCCGGAUUCCUAUCAGAAGAUACGGGAUCUCACAGUUUGGGUACAUGGUAUGCACUGGUUUUGAUUGCAAUGUACAAUGUGUGGGAUCUCAUAGGGAGAUACGUUCCAUGCUUAGAUUGCCUCAAGUUAGAAUCACGUAAAUGGCUGAUGGUUGUAAUUGUUGCUCGUUUCUUACUCGUUCCUGCGUUCUAUUUCACUGCCAAGUAUGGAGACCAAGGCUGGAUGAUCAUGCUUACAUCCUUCUUGGGUUUAACCAAUGGUUACUUAACUGUUUGUGUGCUCACUACAGCACCUAAAGGCUACAAGGGACCGGAACAAAAUGCUUUGGGAAAUCUACUGGUAGUGUUCUUAGUAUUAGGUAUAUUUGCAGGUGUAACACUCGACUGGUUGUGGCUUAUAGGCAAGGGCUGGUGAUCAUUUCUUACAUCAGAUUUCAACGGUUGUUCAUAUUUUACUGCUCCAAGUUUGCCAGAAAAUAUAUUGGAAUUCUAAUUUGUUAGACUGGGUGAUUCAUUAAUGAAAUGCAAAAAGAGAAUUACCGGAG